CUUUACAAACCUAUUAUUUUCAUAUUUCAAAUCGUAUUUCAAAACAAAAUGCUGAAAUCUCACUUCGACAUCAGCCAGAGAAGCGAAGCUGAGGAGGAAGAAGAAGUAGAAGAAGAAGAAGAGGCGGUGAGGAGUGAGUCGAGCGUGUCGGAGGAAACUAAGAAAGUAACAGUUUUAAAGACGAAGCCAACAAUCGCUGAGAGAAAACUCAACAGGUCCGAAGUAAGUGUACGUCAAAGCCUGCUCGGAAAAACCGCGGAUGGUGAUGGUUACGCUUUCCUAAAAGCAACGUGUACGGGGAUGCGAUUAACCGACAUAAGGGCUAUCGCUUCAUUUAAACACUUACAAUUCGUUGAUUUAUCUGACAACUUCCUAACUACCGAAGCUCUUCAAGUAGUCACUAAAAUUCCCUUCCUGGUACUAAUACACGCCGAUAAAAACCAACUAGAAUCAGCCUACUUGAAGAAAUGUAAAUAUUUACAAGUUAUAAUUAUGAACAACAAUAGCAUAUCAUCACUUCACGAUGUUUAUCAUCCGGAAUUAAGUACAUUAGAAGUGGGUUACAAUGAGAUUGAAAAGAUCGACUUUAGAGACCGAAUGCCUACGCUCAGAUGUCUAGACUUUCGUCAUAAUCGAAUAUCAGAUAUAUCAAAGUUAAAUUUCCCCAACUUGGACAGUCUAUAUUUAGCUGGUAACAAGAUAACGAGUCUUGUAGGUAUUGAGAGUUUGAUCAAUUUACGUAUUCUCCACGUUCGUAAUAAUCCAAUCAAGUUAUUGAAUGGCUUUAAUGCUGACCAAACAAAACUGCAGUACAUCAAUCUACGAAACUGUAAGGUGACAACAAUGACCCAAGUCAAGAAAUUACAGUGUUUACCCGCACUAGAAAUUAUAGUACUCAAAGGCUGUCCUUUCAUGGGCGGGUCCGGAGAAGAGGGCAACGAAGUGGAAGAGGAUGAUAGUGAACUAAGAAUAGAGGUGUUAGCAGCAUUGCCACGGUUGAAGAGGCUUAAUAAAGGCAUAUUCACACCAGAAGAGAGAUCUGAAGCAAAAACUCUCAUGACACAAAUACUUGAGGAAGGUGAAAACGCACAUGAAGAAGGAAGCGAGGAAGUUCUUGAAGAAGAUUUAAAUGAUAUGUAAAAUAAAAAUAUAAAUAAAGA